CGUGAGAAGUUUGAUUUUGGUUUUUCAGACUUUAUUAGAGAAAAAAGUAAAACAUUUAAACUGUCCGAGGCGCCAUGCACGAAAGGUCGCUGCCCGCCUCUCCCAACUGGUACUGCUCGCGCUGCAGUGACGUCAAUAGCGGCGGUUUACUGGGCGUCGGAGGCAAAAACAUCAUUUAUUUGAUUGACGUGUCUGCGUCCACCUGCAGGGUGGCAGGUGAGCUCGUCGGCCACAAAGAUUUGGUGUCAGGCUUUUCAUUCUGUCAGGAUGCAGGACAAAGUCACCUCUGUGUCAGCUCCUCCAAUGAUGGGACUAUUCGCUUCUGGGACUCGCACAACAAGACUCUUAUAAGGGAGCAUGCAGCCCAUCAGAGCCCUGUCUCAGCGGUGCACUGGUCCCCGGUGGAUAAAAACCUGGUGGUGUCGGGGGACGAGAAGGGCAUCGUUGUCUGUCACUGGUACCACACAGGAGACACUGCCAGCUUCUUUCCGGAGCCCAGGACCAUCUUCUGCCUCACCUGCUCCCCUCACAGCUGGAACACUGUGGCUGUCGGGUACAAAGACGGGAUGAUCGUGCUGAUUGAUGUGAGUAAGAAAGGCGAGGUGAUGCAGCGUCUCCGUGGUCACGAUGAUGAGAUCCAUUCGCUGGCGUGGUCGCCAGUCCCCAGAGAGGACGCCCUCAACAGCAGACCUGAGGACAGUGAAGCAACUAAUGGAGAGUCUGCAGGGGAGGAGAAGGGCUGCUAUCUCGCCUCUGGAAGCAAAGACCAGACGGUGAGGAUCUGGAGCACAGUGAAGGGCAAAGGUGUGAUGACUCUGAAGCUGCCGUAUCUGAAGAAAAGAGGCUCUGCAGUCGACCCCGGGGUCAAAGAGAGACUCUGGCUCAACGUCCACUGGCCGAAGGGACGACCAACACAACUUGUGUCCAGCUGCUUCAGUGGGGAGUUGGUGUUGUGGGACUUGACCAGGUCAGGGAAGCAGAGGUGGACUCUGCUGGGGACAUCGUCAGAGGGCCAGAACCACAGCAGGAUCGUCUUCAACAUGAGUUCAGUUCACCUGCAGGACGACAGAGAGCUGCUCAUCAGCACGUCCAUGGACAGAGAGAUUAAAUGCUGGGACCUGGGCUCUCUGGACUGCUGCUGGACUCUGCCCACCCUGGGCGGUUUUGUCUACACCCUGACCUUCUCCCCUGUGGGUACAGGGUGUCUGGCACUGGGUGUAGGUGACAACAUGAUCCGGGUCUGGAACACGCUGACCACCCAGAACCCGUACGACACCAGGUCCUUCUGGCAGGGCAUCAAGUCCAAGGUCACAGCGCUGGCGUGGCAUCCGAAGAAAGAAGGAUCCUUGUCUUUUGGAACAGAUGAUGGUAAAGUUGGAAUCUACGACGUCUUCUCAAACAAGCCUCCUCAGAUAUCGAGUUCCUAUCACCGAAAAACAGUGUACACAUUGGCUUGGGGACCUCCAGUCCCCCCGAUGUCAUUUGGUGCAGCAGGAGGGAAGUCGUCCUACAGCCUGUACAGCUGCGCAGGCGAAGGUGUCAUCCUGCAGCACGAUCCGUCUAAGCUGAGCGGCGAGGCGUCCGACAUCGACAAGCUGAUCAGAGACACUAACAACAUCAAGCACAAGCUGUCUCCACACACUGACCUCAGCUGGAAGCCAGAUGGGAAAGUGGUUGCCAUCGGCAACGAGGACGGGUGUAUUGAUGUGUAUCAGGCUCCCAGUCUGAAGCUGCUGUGCAGCAUCCAGCAGCACCACAAGAUCAUCAACACGCUACGGUGGCAUCAUGACCACAGCUCUCCACCUGAGCUACACUGCCUCCUGGCCUCAGGCUCCAGCAGCGCCAUCGUCUUCGUGCACGACCUUCGCUCCAUCAUCGAAAAUCCUCCAGAAAGCCCAGCGGUGUUGACGGAGCCAUAUCGCAGGCUCUGUGGUCAUACAGCUAAAAUCACCAGCAUGGCGUGGAGUCCGCACCAUGAGGCCCGGCUGGUCACCGUGUCGUACGACGGCACAGCCCAGGUGUGGGAUGUGCUGCAGGAGGCAGCUGUCUCUAAUUACCGUGGUCACAUUGGUUACCUGCUGUGUGUGGACUGGUCACCUGUGGAUCCAGAUGUGAUCUGGACUGGAGGGAAGGAUUUCACCUUGCAGGAGUGGAGAGUCUCCAAACAAGAGUUUACAAAGCCGCCUAAAGGGAAAAAGAUGAUCGAGCUGAAGGAGAAGAUGAAGGCCAAUCCCAAGCAGAAGAGGAAGAACAAGAAGACGUCGGGAGCGGGAGGGGCUGUGCCGUCAGAGAUGAACGGGGCGUCGGUUUCAGUGGCAGAGAAGCUGAAGGGACAGGAGCUGUCUGAUGAAGACGAGGACGAUGAAGUCAGCUCGACAAACAGUCCUGUACCUCCACCAGCCACUUUUGAGAUGCAAAGAAAAUCCUCUGCUGCUGCUGCAAAGAGCAAAGACAAACCAGUGUUUCUCGACACAAACCUGCUGAAGAAGAAGAAGCCUCGCUCCAUGCUGCCCAUCAGCACAUCCAUGGACCAUCGGCCCAAAGAGGAGCUGCUGCAGGACUGCAUCACUCUGGCCUCUGUCAGACACAGCAGUGCGCCCCCUGCAGGCUGUGUCCCAGGUCAGGGAGAGCACAUCCAUCUCGGCCUCUUCUCUGACAGACAGGCUCUGCACCGCAUGUUUGAGUCAGAAGAGCAGGGCCACGUGGAGGCGGGCCACUGUGAGACUGUUGUGUACCUGAGGCUGUGGAGUGGAGACCUGCAGGGGGCGCUGCAGCUCGCCACAGAGAAAGGAGAGCUGAACGACCACCUGCUCUCCAUCGCUCCCAUGGCCGGGUUCGAGGUGUGGAGCCGGACGGUGGAGGCCUUCGUCAAGCAGCUGUGUCUGCAGGAGCAGUACCUGAAGGCGGCGUCCCACCUGCUGUCAAUCAACAAGCUGUAUGAGGCCAUCGACCUGCUGCAGUCUCACAAGCUCUACAGGGAGGCCAUAGCUCUGGUGAAAGCCAGGCUGCCGGCAGACGAGCCCGUCCUGAAGGAGCUGUACACCUGCUGGGCGGCUGUGCUGGAGAAGGACGGACAUUUCUCUGCCGCUGCUAAAUGUUACUUGGCUGCUGGGGCCAGUUUCGAUGCAGCCAAAGUCAUUGCCAGGAAGAACGACGUCUCCUCUCUGAGGACGGCGGCCAACCUAGCGAGAAUUUCUGGGGAGGUUGCUCUGGCUCAGUCGCUGGCACUGAGGUGUGCUAAAGACCUGGCUGAUGCUCAGAACUGGGUCGGAGCCCAUGAGGUCCUGAGCUCACAGGAGAGUCUGUUGGUCCACAGGCUGCAUCUCUGUGUCACUGAGCUGCUGUCUGAGAUGCUGGCAGACCCCAGAGCUGUGUCUCAGUCCUGCGUCUCCGGUCACCCGUGGGCGUCACCAGGUGAGGGUCGCAUCAGCUUCCAGGACCGAGUGAGAGACGUGUGGGAGGAGCAGUUUGGUGUUUCACAGAAGUCAGUAGGACAUCGCAGUGCCGGAGCUCUUCUGCAGGAACUGAAGUCUGUGGAGUGUCCAAGGCCGACCACCAGCGUCCCCCUCAGACAGGUCCUGCUGUAUUCAUCCCUCCAUCUGACCCAUUCUGUACUGAGCUGGUUAUUGGACGAUGAUGAACAGCUGAUAAAGGAACUGUGGAGGGCAGUGUCUUGGCCGAGAGACGCCGGACACUUCUGUGUCUCUGCAGAGCUCUGCAGGCUGCUGUUCCCUGAUGGUGAUGUCAGUGUUUGUUCCAGGAAACAUCCCAGAACACUUCAUCAUACAGAAGAAGAAGCCAAAGCUGCUGCCAACAGUCUGCAGGCCUUUGUCCAUUACCACCGUCUGUAUGAACACUGGUGGAGCCGCUCAGCCAAAGACCAGGAGAUCCAGAACGGACUGUCCCUCUCAGCAGGUGACUCCUGUGCUGGAGACGAGGUGAAGGACAAAACGUUGAACGGAGGAUUAUCAGAGUUCAGAGAGAGCAUCUGCCCGCCGACCAGCGGGCUGGAUAAACUGGACUUUGAUGCAUCGCUUCUUCUGUCUGAGCCUCACGCUGCCUAUCAGGCCACCCAGAGGUCAGUGAGAGAGAUCCAGGGGCAGCUGGCCACCAUGGUGCUUCAGCACAGCCAAGCCCAGGCAGGGCAGCUCGACUCCGGGGAGGAACAAGCCGACACGCCCCCACAGAUAUCCUCCGCCAGAGAGUCGCCAGACAGACGGGGGUCCGCUGAUGCUGGGAAGCGACCUGAUGUCCAGGAGACUCUCGUCUCUUUGUCUGCCAAGAUGUCAGAGCACCAGAAACAGCUGGUUGACCUGCCAGAGACAAUCAAGAUGUAUCCUCAUCCAGAUGUUGUUGAAUGUUGCCUGGUUCUCCUGCACUUCUCCACGUCUUCACCAUCUGUCUCCGAGUCCCUGCAACAAGUGGCCAAAGAUCUGCUCCAUAAAUACGGAUCAAGUCCGUCUGUCCUGAAAGCUUCCCUGCGACUCUGCACCUGAACCUCUCACUUUGGGACUGAAAGAAGCACGUCCACUGUACAGCUGUUUGUUGAAUAAAAAAAAAAUCUUUAUUUACAAGAUGGUGGAGCAUCCUGAGUCCAUUUGAUUCUACAUCCAGAGAUGCCUGAAGGAGGCUGACAGAGGCAGAGCUGUGUGCCCUGGAGCUGGAGGCGAGUUCGCUGCUUACUCACAGGAAGUGCAGGUAAUAGCUGAGUGAUGUCAUUUGUUGCUAGGCGUGAUUUGUUUGAUAUCCUUCCAUGUUCUAAUCUGACUGCUCAUACGGGACUGUGCAGAACUCUGAUUGGACAGUCAGAUUUAGUUUUUUUUCCAAGUCUGUAUUAAAACAAGUCACAUGA